AUGAAAGAGGCUAAAAGACUAAAAAGAGAAGGAAAAAUUAAAGAAAGUUUUGACCUAAAAAAAUCCUCCCCGAAUUCCCUGCUUACUCCUCUCCUGAAAAAUAAAACUGGGGAUUCACAAUUAGAAAAUCACCCGUGCGAAGUAGACCAUUAUUUAGCCGACAAAGAAGAAAAACUAACUAAAUUACAAGAGGAAAUAAACGAAAUUGAGGAAGAAUUAAGAAAUAAUAAUUUAGCGGGAACAGAUUUAGAAGAAGAAUUACAAAGAAAAAAUAAUUUGCAAGCCCGAAAAGACAAGUUCAAAAAAGAACUGGAAAGAAAUCCAGUGGGAAGAUAUUUAGUUCACUCAGAAACGGAAGAAAAUCGCAAUAAAGGUUUGAAAUUGCUAGAAAAAUUCUCCCCGGUUUACUAUACUGUUUACCAGAAAAAAGGGGAUAAAGAAGAACCUAAGGCUUUGCCAUCCCAAACUAAAAUCAGGCAAAUAAUUACCAGUAUUAAAGAAACUAAACAUUUUUGCCAAGCUUUUAUCCAUAGUUCUUUUUGUCAUGAAAAAAAUUUACCAGCGUCGGCUUCUUAUGAAAAUUUAGAAUUUUUUGGUGAUAGUGUGUUAAAUUUUUAUACUAGCCAAUAUAUUUUCCUUUCUUUUCCUCAUUUUACUGAAGGGCAACUAAGUAAAUUGAAGCAAUUAAUGGUUCAAGAAAGCACACUAGCUCAUUUAAGUAAAGAAAUUGGUUUAAAUGAAUUUCUCCAAUUAGGAAUCGGAGAAAGAAAAAAUCACGGAAUGGAAAAGAACAGUAUUUUAGCUGACAUAUUUGAGUCUUUUGUGGCGGCUUUGUAUCUAGAAAAAGGAGGAAAAUUUGUUUACCGCUUUCUAGAAUUAACGCUUUUUGCUUGGAUUAAGGCCCGUGAUAGAUUAAGAACUUUCUGUGAAAAAGGAACCGGAAAAAGUAAAAAAGAAGCCGAACAAGAGGCGGCGGAGAAAAAAAACUUAGAUUUAGAAUUAAAAUUUUGGAAAGAAUAUCCGCUCAUUGCAGGUGUUGAUGAGGCUGGUCGGGGAGCGCUAGCCGGACCGAUAAUAGUGGCGACCGUCAUUUUACCAACUAAUUUUCAAAAUCCCUUAAUCCAAGACUCAAAAAUACUUAGUCCCAGCCAAAGGAAAAGAGCCUAUCGAAUAGUUAAAAAAGAGGCACUGGAAUACAAUAUAAUUACCAAAAGUGCCCGGGAGGUUGAAGACAAAAAUCCGUUGGGGGCGACCAAAGAAGCCAUGAUUGAAGCCAUUUUAAAUUUAAAAAAUAAGCCUGAUUUGAGUUUAAUUGAUGGCAAAGAAGAAAUAAUGGUAGAAGGAAUUAAAACCAUAAGUAUUAUUGGGGGCGACCGUCAGUCCAUUAAUAUUGCCGCGGCUUCGAUUCUUGCCAAAGGCUAUCCUAACAAAACCCAUUUGACAGCACUUUUUCGGUAUGGAAUUUGUGAUUUACACCGUAAAACUUACGAGCCAAUUAAAAGUUUAAUAAAGCCAGAUUGUGAUAAAAAAAAACUUUGA